AUGGUAUCACGCGGUGGUAACGAAUCCAAUCUAUACGGACUUCGUCCUGAUCAGUUGUUUGAACUCCAAACAGCAUUUCAUCAAAUCGAUUCGAAUCACAAUGGUUACAUAACCGGUGAUGAGAUGCGCGAGUGUUUCCAGCGUUUUCAUAUCGGAUACACUGAUGCGGAAAUUCAACGUGUCUUAUCUCAGAUGGAUUUCAACCGGGAUGGGCGAGUCAGUUAUGACGAAUAUAUGACUUUCAUGGCAAGAGUUUAUCGGGGUGAAAUUACCUACUAA